AGUGUUACACUGUGAUCCAUCAAGUCUUGCAACAAUAACCAUAUUCAUAAUCAUGGCUAGUUCUUUAGUGUGUUGUAUAAUAGUGACAAGCUUGUUCAUGUCCCUAAGUUUUGCUUCUGCUCAACCAGCGCGAGCUUUCUUCGUUUUUGGCGAUUCACUCGUAGACAGUGGCAACAAUGAUUUCUUGGCUACCACUGCACGCGCUGAUGCUCCCCCUUAUGGCAUUGACUUCCCAUCACACAAGCCCACUGGACGCUUUUCUAAUGGCUUAAACAUCCCUGACAUUAUUAGUGAGCAACUUGGCUCGGAGCCUACUUUGCCAUAUUUGAGCCCUCUACUCGUGGGAGAGAGGCUUCUAGUUGGUGCCAAUUUUGCUUCCGCUGGAAUUGGAAUUCUCAAUGAUACCGGAUUUCAAUUUCUGCACAUCAUCCACAUCUACAAGCAACUGAAGCUAUUUGCGCAUUACCAGCAAAGGUUGAGUGCACAUAUUGGUGAGGAGGGAGCUCGGAGUCAUGUAAAACAAGCACUAGUCCUCAUCACUCUUGGAGGCAACGAUUUUGUGAACAAUUAUUACCUGGUCCCCUAUUCAGCAAGAUCUCGCCAGUUUUCUCUCCCAGACUACGUGACCUAUCUCAUAUCUGAGUACCGCCGAAUUCUCAGGAGGCUGUAUGAUUUGGGAGGUCGUAGGGUUCUUGUAACGGGUACAGGACCAAUGGGGUGUGUGCCAGCAGAGUUAGCCUUCAGAAGUGGAAAUGGUGAGUGUGACGUGGAACUCCAGAGAGCUGCGUCAUUGUAUAAUCCACAACUUGUUGAAAUGAUCAAAGGACUCAACAUAGAGAUUGGUGCUAACGUCUUCAUUGCUGUAAAUGCAUAUGAAAUGCACAUGGAUUUCAUUACCAACCCUCAAACUUACGGAUUUGUUACAUCGAAAAUAGCUUGCUGUGGGCAAGGCCCGUUCAAUGGGGUUGGACUCUGCACACCCGCUUCCAACUUGUGUCCAAGUCGAGACCUAUACGCGUUUUGGGAUCCAUUUCACCCAUCGGAGAAAGCUAACCGAAUCAUAGUCCAACAGAUGUUUACUGGCUCUGCCCAGUACAUGCACCCCAUGAAUCUUAGCACCAUCAUGGUCCUAGAUUCCAGGGUUUGAUUUCCCCAAGUUUUGUUAUCUGAUGAUGAUGAUCCCCUAGCUAGUGUCGUUUGUGGCUUGUCCCUCUGAUAUUGCAUCGUUGUGAGAAUUUUUGUGUGUACUGGAGAAUGUUAAUUAUUGUGAUCAUAUAUGGCUAGCUCUCAACUUUAUGUGCUC